AUGUUGGGCCCUCACCAUUCACCAGUGAUCGACGCCGCGCAGGAGGCUGGCGAGCUGUCUGUGCGAGGUUUGCGGAACCUGCACAACACAUGCUACCUGAAUGCUGUCCUCCAGCGACGCGGGCGAGGCGUGGUCUGCGCUCAUGAGCCUGCUGGAGAGCGGGGCGCGGCAGGCCUGGGCGGCUGCGCCCCAGACGGCCCCUCCUGCACCUGCGUGGGUGGGGGCCCCGACGCCGGCCUGGUGCCCACAUGGGCAUUACCCGCCUAUAUGAAGGACUGGGCGCUGGCGAGCCGGCCGCCGUGCCGCGGCGUGCUGACCUGGACGUCGCGCUGCCUGCGCUGCGGCCAUGCCUGGGCGGCCCCGCAGCAGCCCUUCCACCUCCUCCUCCUCCCCGUGCCGCGCCUCCCGGGCACCGGCCUGGAUGGCAACGCGCGCUGCCGGACCAGCCUGCGUGAGUGCUUUGCCCAGCUGGCCGACGUGGCGCCGGGGGCACGCUGCGGCGCGUGCGACGCCCGAGACCGAGGGUCCGAGGGGGGCGCUCCGGGCAGCGCCACGCACGAUCCCGUCCGCCGCCCCGCGCCCGGCGCGGGGCGCAGACCGUGCCUGGUCAGCGCCCCGACCACCCUCUGCCUCCAGCUGCAGCGCACGCUGUGGACUCACCGCGGCGCGGUGAAGAUCGCGGGGCACGUCGCAUUUCCUCGUCUGUUUGACCUCCAGGCUGACACGGGCAUUGGCACGUGGGGCCACGGACCGGAAGCAUCGCCGGAGUGCCUUCGCCAAACUGCGCUGAAGGAGGAGAGCAGGUCUUGGAGUGGACCCCAGCCGGCGGUGGUGUAUGAUGAAGGCGCUGCUGGCGACACGACACCAACAAAGAGGGAGUCCACCUGCUCGCCGGGCCCGCCUGCUUACCGCCUCGUGGCCGUGGCCUGCCACUCGGGGUUUGCUCGCUCAGGACACUGGACGGCCUUCCGCCGCCUGCCCGGCGGCGGCGCCAGCGGUGUCUGGGUGGCCGCGGGCGACGAGCGGGUCCUGCGAGCCGAUCUGCAGCGGGAGGUGCUCCCCGCCGAGGCUACCCUCCUGUUCUACGAGCAGCUCAUCGGCGCAUGA